AUGAAGGGAAGCAGCACCCUCCUGCUUGCAGCCCUCACCAUGCUCUGCGUCUGCGGGCUGGCCACAGCAGGGGACAACGAUGAGUUUUUCAUGGACUUUCUGCGAACACUGCUGGUGGGGACCCCAGAUGAGCUCUACGAGGGGCCCCUGGCCAAGUACGACGUCAACGAGGAUGCCAAAGCAGCGCUGGUGGAGCUCAAGUCCUGCGUCGACGGUCUGCAGCCCGUGCACAAGGAGGAGCUGGUCAACCUGCUGGUGCAAGUGCUGGGCAAUAUGGAUGAUGCCUAA